AUGGCUUUACCUCGUCUCACAGGAGCCUUGCGCACCUUUUCAAAUGUCACCAAACAGGAUAAUUAUAAUGAAGAUGUGGCUGACUUAAAGGUGAAGCGGUCCAAGCUGCAUGAACAAGCUUUAGAUUUGGGUCUAACAUGGAAGAAGAUAGUAAAUUUUUUGAAUGAAAAUCUGGAUAAGAAUGAAGCACAACGUGUAAAUGAAGACUUAAAAGAUAUAUUACAGGCUGCAAAACAAAUAGUUGGAAUGGAUAAUGGAAAAGAAAUGAUUGAAAGUGGGGCUGCAUUUCUCUUCAAAACAUUUUACUUGAAGAACUAUGUUGGUCACAAGGAAACAAAGACAAUCAAACAGAUGUUUGGUCCUUUCCCAUCAUCGUCUGCUACUGCCGCUUGUAACGCCACUAGUCGAAUUACUUCUUAUUUUAGUGAUGACAGCCUUACAGCUCUUCUCCAGAUGACAGAAGAGGAAAAUGGUAAUAAAGAUUUAUUUGGUAAAAAUAUAACAUUUUCAUUUGAUAUGCAUGAUUUGGACCACUUUGAAGAACUGCCAGUAAAUGGUGAUUCCGAGAAAAUAAUAAGUCUCGAUUACCAGAAAUUUCUGAAUGAACGUUUUCAGGAGCAUGAUACCCCAGAAGUCAAGCCUGUGGAAAAAACAAAUGGCUCCUUUUUGUGGUGUGAAGUUGAGAAGUACUUAAAUGCAACUUUAAAGGGAAUGACUGAAGCACCAAGAACAGAAGAUCUUUGCUGCACUUUAUAUGAUAUGCUUGCCUCUGUUAAAAGUGGCGAUGAACUGCAGAAUGAGCUAUUUGAACUGCUGGGACCUGAAGGACUUGAACUUAUUGAGAAGCUUCUCCAGAACAGAAUUAUGAUUGUGGAUAAAUUUCUUAAUUCUUCAAAUGAUAAGUUACAUGUUCUUCAAGAAAAUUGUAAGAAAAUUUUAGGAGAAAAUGUUAAACCCAAUUAUGGUUGUCAAGUCACGAUUCAGUCAGAACAAGAAAAACAGUUAAUGAAACAAUAUCGCCGUGAAGAAAAAAGAAUUGCUAGACGAGAAAAAAAAGCUGGAGAAGAUGGAGAAGUUUCAGGAGAAGGACUAAUGGGCUUUGAUCCUAAGGAAUUACGGAUGCAAAGAGAACAGGCACUUCUGAAUGCUAGAAGUGUUCCAGUUCUGAGCAGGCAGAGGGAAAUGACUGUGGAGAAAAUACGUUAUCCCCAUGUUUAUGAUUCUCAGGCUGAAGCUAUGAAAACAUCAGCUUUCAUUGCUGGUGCAAAGAUGAUAUUACCAGAAGGUAUCCAAAGAGAUAAUAACAAAAUCUAUGAAGAAGUAAAAAUUCCCUACAGUCAACCAAUGCCAAUUGGACUUGAGGAAAAGCCAGUUUAUAUCCAAGACUUAGAUGAGAUUGGUCAGUUGGCUUUUAAAGGAAUGAAAAGACUCAAUAGGAUCCAGUCAAUAGUCUUUGAAACUGCCUAUAACACCAAUGAGAAUAUGCUGAUUUGUGCUCCAACGGGAGCUGGUAAGACCAACAUUGCAAUGCUAACGAUACUGCAUGAAAUUCGCCAACAUCUUGAACAAGGCAUUAUCAAAAAGAAUGAAUUUAAGGUUGUUUAUGUCGCUCCAAUGAAAGCCUUGGCAGCAGAAAUGACAGGCUACUUCAGCAAACGUCUAGAGCCACUGGGCAUCAUUGUGAAAGAAUUGACUGGAGAUAUGCAGCUAUCAAAAUCUGAAAUUUUACGAACUCAGAUGCUUGUAACCACACCAGAAAAAUGGGAUGUAGUGACAAGAAAGAGUGUUGGAGAUGUAGCUCUGUCCCAAAUUGUCAGACUCCUUAUUCUGGAUGAAGUUCAUUUGCUACAUGAAGAUAGAGGACCAGUACUAGAAAGCAUUGUUGCACGUACUUUACGACAGGUUGAAUCCACACAGAGUAUGAUAAGGAUCCUUGGACUCUCUGCAACCUUACCCAACUACCUCGAUGUUGCUGCAUUUUUACAUGUUAAUCCCUACAUUGGACUUUUCUUCUUCGAUGGCCGUUUUCGACCAGUACCCCUUGGACAGACAUUUUUAGGGGUUAAAAGUGCAAAUAAGGCCCAGCAGCUGAAUAACAUGGAUGAAGUGUGUUACGAAAGUGUUUUGAAGCAAGUAAAGGCUGGGCAUCAGGUGAUGGUGUUUGUUCAUGCUCGAAAUGCCACUGUAAGAACAGCGAUGUCUCUAAUAGAAAGAGCCAAAAAUAAUGGACAUAUUGCCUUCUUUUUGCCCACUCAAGGACCUGAAUAUGGGCAGGCAGAGAAACAGGUACAAAGGUCAAGAAAUAAGCAAGUGAGAGAAUUAUUCUCAGAUGGUUUUAGUAUCCAUCAUGCAGGAAUGCUUCGGCAGGACCGAAAUUUGGUUGAAAAUUUGUUUUCUAACGGACAAAUCAAAGUCUUAGUCUGUACAGCUACCUUAGCCUGGGGUGUCAAUCUUCCUGCUCAUGCUGUUAUUAUUAAGGGAACACAAAUAUAUGCUGCAAAAAGAGGGUCUUUUGUUGAUCUUGGAAUUUUAGAUGUCAUGCAGAUAUUUGGUCGAGCUGGAAGACCACAAUUUGACAAAUUUGGGGAAGGAGUCAUCAUAACAACGCAUGAUAAACUCAGCCACUACCUCACUUUGCUAACUCAACAAAAUCCAAUUGAGAGUCAGUUUCUGGAAAGCCUUGCAGAUAACCUGAAUGCAGAGAUUGCUCUGGGGACAGUUACUAAUGUAGAGGAAGCAGUGAAGUGGAUAAGUUACACGUAUCUUUAUGUACGGAUGAGAGCAAAUCCAUUAGUAUAUGGCAUCGCUCACAAAGCUUAUCAGAUGGACCCAGGAUUAGAAAAACAUCGAGAACAACUCAUCAUUGAAGUUGGACGAAAGUUAGACAAAGCUCGGAUGAUUCGUUUUGAGGAGCGAACCGGUUAUUUUUCCUCCACUGAUUUGGGCAGAACUGCAAGUCACUACUAUAUUAAAUACAACACCAUUGAGACUUUUAAUGAACUCUUUGAUGCCCACAAAACAGAAAGUGAUAUAUUUGCUAUAGUCUCCAAAGCUGAAGAAUUUGAUCAAAUCAAGGUCAGAGAAGAAGAAAUAGAAGAGUUAGAUGCUUUAUUGAACAAUUACUGUGAACUCACAGCUCCUGGAGGUGUAGAGAACAAUUACGGGAAAAUAAAUAUCCUACUUCAAACCUACAUCAGCCGAGGAGAAAUGGAUAGUUUCUCUCUUAUAUCAGAUUCUGCAUAUGUUGCCCAGAAUGCAGGUAGAAUUGUCCGUGCUCUUUUUGAAAUUGCUCUAAGAAAACGUUGGCCUACCAUGACCUACAAGCUCCUGAAUCUUAGUAAAGUCAUCGAUAAGAGGCUGUGGGGCUGGGCUAGCCCUUUGAGACAAUUUUCAGUCUUACCACCACAUAUUCUUACAAGAUUAGAAGAAAAAAAACUUAGUGUGGAUAAGCUGAAAGAUAUGAGGAAAGAUGAAAUAGGUCACAUAUUGCAUCAUGUGAAUAUUGGACUGAAAGUCAAACAAUGUGUUCAUCAAAUUCCUUCUGUUAUGAUGGAAGCAUCUAUUCAGCCCAUCACACGGACUGUUCUCAGAGUGACACUCAGCAUCUGUCCUGAUUUCACAUGGAAUGAUCAGGUCCAUGGAACAGUAGGAGAACCCUGGUGGAUUUGGGUAGAAGAUCCUACAAAUGAUCAUAUUUAUCAUUCAGAGUAUUUUUUAAUUUUAAAAAAGCAGGUCAUUAGUAAAGAAGCUCAAUUACUAGUAUUUACAAUCCCUAUUUUUGAGCCUUUACCUUCCCAGUACUACAUCCGAGCAGUGUCUGAUAGAUGGUUAGGAGCUGAAGCUGUAUGUAUUAUCAAUUUUCAGCAUCUGAUUCUACCAGAGCGACACCCUCCUCAUACAGAAUUACUGGAUCUUCAGCCUUUACCAGUUACUGCUUUGGGCUGUAGAGAAUAUGAAGCCCUCUAUAACUUCACCCACUUUAACCCCGUGCAGACGCAAAUAUUUCAUACACUCUAUCACACAGACUGUAACGUCCUACUUGGAGCACCCACUGGCUCAGGGAAAACUGUUGCAGCUGAAUUAGCCAUCUUUAGAAUCUUCAAUAAAUACCCUACUUCAAAGGCUGUAUAUAUUGCACCCCUAAAAGCCCUUGUACGUGAACGAAUGGAUGAUUGGAAAAUUAGAAUAGAAGAAAAGCUUGGUAAAAAAGUUAUUGAACUAACAGGGGAUGUGACUCCUGAUAUGAAAUCCAUUGCUAAGGCUGACCUUAUUGUCACCACUCCAGAGAAGUGGGAUGGAAUCAGCAGAAGCUGGCAAAAUAGGAACUAUGUUCAACAAGUCACUAUUCUCAUCAUAGAUGAGAUCCAUCUACUUGGGGAGGAAAGAGGUCCUGUUUUAGAGGUCAUUGUAUCUCGAACAAAUUUCAUCUCAUCACACACAGAAAAGCCUGUUAGAAUAGUUGGUCUGUCCACUGCUUUAGCUAAUGCCCGAGACCUUGCUGACUGGCUCAAUAUUAAGCAGAUGGGUUUAUUCAAUUUCCGACCAUCUGUACGCCCAGUUCCACUGGAAGUUCACAUUCAAGGCUUCCCAGGUCAGCAUUACUGUCCUCGUAUGGCUAGUAUGAAUAAACCUACAUUUCAGGCAAUUAGAAGCCAUUCUCCAGCCAAACCUGUCUUGAUAUUCGUCUCAUCAAGACGUCAGACCCGUCUCACAGCAUUAGAAUUGAUAGCCUUUCUGGCCACUGAAGAAGAUCCAAAGCAGUGGCUGAAUAUGGAUGAAAGAGAAAUGGACAGCAUCAUUGCAACACUAAAAGAUUCUAACCUGAAGCUGACACUUGCUUUUGGAAUAGGAAUGCAUCAUGCUGGACUACAUGAGAGGGACCGAAAAACAGUAGAAGAACUGUUCGUGAAUUGUAAAGUUCAGGUUCUUAUUGCUACAAGCACAUUAGCCUGGGGUGUAAACUUUCCAGCUCAUUUAGUAAUUAUUAAGGGAACAGAAUAUUAUGAUGGAAAAACAAGACGUUAUGUGGAUUUUCCCAUCACAGAUGUACUCCAGAUGAUGGGGCGUGCUGGGAGACCCCAGUUUGAUGACCAAGGGAAAGCUGUAAUUCUAGUCCAUGAUAUAAAGAAAGACUUUUACAAAAAGUUUCUUUAUGAACCAUUCCCAGUAGAAUCAAGCUUAUUAGAAGUACUCUCCGACCAUUUAAAUGCAGAGAUUGUUGGUGGCACAAUAACAUCUAAACAGGAUGCAAUGGAUUAUAUCACUUGGACUUACUUUUUUCGACGUCUUGUCAUGAACCCCAGCUACUACAACUUGGGUGAUGUGAGCCAUGAUUCUGUGAACAGAUUUCUGUCAAAUCUCGUUGAGAAGUCCCUGAUAGAAUUGGAACAUUCCUAUUGUAUUACAAUUGGAGAGGAUAAUCGAAGUAUUGAUCCUCUGACAUAUGGCCGAAUUGCCUCCUACUACUAUUUGAGACACCAAACAGUUAAAAUGUUCAAGGAACAUUUGAAACCAGAAUGUACUCUUGAAGAAUUGCUUUUCAUUCUGAGUGAUGCAGAAGAGUACACAGAUUUGCCAGUAAGACAUAAUGAAGAUCACAUGAAUAGUGAACUAGCAAAAUGUCUUCCCAUUGAAGUAAAUCCUCACUCAUUUGACAGCCCACACACAAAAGCACAUCUCCUGCUACAGGCACAUCUCAGCCGAGCCAUGCUGCCUUGCCCAGAUUAUGACACUGAUACUAAAACAGUCUUGGACCAAGCUCUCAGAGUAUGCCAGGCGAUGCUGGAUGUAGCUGCAAACCAGGGCUGGCUGGUAACUGCCCUAAAUAUUACCAAUCUAGUUCAGAUGGUUAUCCAAGGUCGGUGGUUUAAAGAUUCUUCUCUUCUUACGCUACCAAACAUAGAGCAGCAUCACCUCCACCUUUUCAAGAAAUGGAAGAGCCCACAUACUGGUUACCAGGGCCCCAUUGAGUGCCUUCCAGAACUGAUCCAUGCCUGUGGUGGCAAAGAGCAUAUAUUCAGCUCCCUUGUUCAAAGUGAGCUACAGCCAGCUAAAGUAAAGCAGGCGUGGAAUUUCUUAUCUCACUUGCCAGUGAUAAAUGUCAGCAUGAGUAUUAAAGGCUGGUGGAAUGACUCAGUUGAAGGACAGAAUGAACUGUCUAUUCCAACUCUAGUUUCAGACAAACGAGAUGACAACAAAUGGAUCAAAUUGCAUGCUGACCAAGAGUAUGUGCUUCAAGUCAGCUUGCAGAAAGUCCACAUUGGAUUCCACAAGGGAAAGCAAGACAGCUCUGCAGUUACCCCUCGAUUUCCCAAAGUAAAAGAUGAAGGAUGGUUUUUAAUACUAGGAGAAGUAGAUAAAAGAGAACUUAUUGCUUUGAAAAGAGUAGGAUAUGUUCGACACCAUCAUGUUGCUUCAAUUUCUUUUUAUACCCCUGAGUUACCUGGAAGGUAUAUCUACACACUGUAUCUCAUGAGUGAUUGCUACCUUGGCCUGGACCAGCAGUAUGACAUUUAUCUCAAUAUCACACCAGUGAGCAUUUCAGCUCAGGCCAGUGUGGAAGUCUCUGAUGCCUUGACUGACCUUACAGUGAAGUAG